AUGUACAACCUCAAGAUGCUCAUCGCCACUUUCGCCAUGGCCAUGGUCGUGUCCAAUGUCGCUGCCGACGCUGUCAAUGGCCUCGUCCGUCGUGCAGAGACCGUCACCGUCACCACCACCGUCUACCCCGCUGGUUGUUCCGCCCCUGCUCCCGGCGCCGCUAGCAACACUGCUCCUGCCGGUCCUCCUGCCGCUACUACUGGCGAGGCUCCUGCUGGUACCGCUCCUGCUGGCACCGCUCCUGCUGGCACCGCUCCCGCUGGCACUGCUCCUGCCGAGACCGGCCCCGCCGCCUCUGGCACCCCGGGCGGCCCUGAGGUUCCCGCUUCGUCUGCUGUGCCCAGUGGUCCCGCUGGUGCUCCCCCUGCCGAGACUACUGGUGUUCCCGCCUCCCCGACCGCUGCUGUGUCUUCUGGCGUCUCUGCUAGCACUCCUUCUACGCCCAAGACCAGCGCUUCCGCCAGUGCUUCCGAGUCUAGCCCCGCCAGUUCCGCAGUCGAAUCUGCUAGCGCCUCAUCCACGGUCGCCCCGAGCAACGACGCCGCCCCGAAGACAUUCAACUCUGCCCUUGCUGGCCUCGUCGCAGCUGGCAUGAUCGUGGUCAUGGUCUAA